GGGACGAGAAUGAGUUCGGGUCAUCGUCUGUGGGUCUCGUCUACAUGUGAAACACGAUUUUAAAACAAAUCAAGAAUAAAGAAUAAGAUCAAUCCGUGCCCCCAAAAACGCUCAGCUUUGAUUGAUGCACUUCAUACGUAAGGAGUGUUGCGUCGUUUCAUUCCAAGAAUCAGCAUUUUCAUUCGGAAUUAAAUUUGGUGCAUGAUGCGCUGUCCACCAACGGAAUCGAUUUCACGCGUCGUUUUCCAUUAUUUAUAUUGAGUGAAUAAAAGCCCAAGAAAGCACAUCUCUCAGAGAUUAAAAGUCGAGCCCACUCAUCCAGGUUCCGUCACAAGUAUUAUCAGAAUUUCACUGGAACACAAGCGCUGAAGAGCACAGAGACAUUUACGCCACUCGCAAUCUGCAAUCUUCAGCACCACAUAGAAUGAUGUCCUACAACAUGAAAUUAUGGAUUUCAACUUUUUUGCUAUUGACGACAACGGUGACGAGUUCAUUUACGAUCCUGGACGUGCUCGCGAACAGUCUUAACAUCAACGACACGGUUGUAGAGCAGUUGAAGGGUUAUACUUUUGAGAACAACAUCAUAAAAACAGUGCCAUGGCCGAUUCAUCGUAAAUAUGAUUUCAUAGUCGUUGGUUCAGGCUCAGGGGGUUCACCGGUGGCCAAUCGUCUGUCGGAGAAUCCGAAUUGGAGAGUUCUCUUGAUCGAGGCUGGACUACCCGAAACCUUUAUAAACCAGGUUCCCCCAAUCACGAGCAUUUUACAACAAACCCAUUACAAUUGGGGAUACAGACAUCAACCGCAAAAAACAGCUUGUUUCGGUAUGAAAGACGGUCGCUGCACCUUACCGAGAGGCAAGGCAUUGGGUGGCACCAGCAGCAUCAACUACAUGAUUCACACUCGCGGAAAUAAAUUGGACUACGACGAAUGGGCCGAGGGUGGUAACGAGGGCUGGGCCUACGAAGAUGUGUUGCCCUACUAUAGGAAGAGCGAAACAUUCCGAGUGCCAGGCAACUACAAUUCGAGCUACCAUGGGAAAAAUGGUUUCUUGCACGUCGAGCACGUGCCGUACCACUCACCAGUGGCGACUGCAUACAUAAAAGCCGGGAGAGACGAAGGUUACAAGAUAUUGGAUUACAACGGAGCAGAGCAGAUUGGCUUUUCGUAUUUACAGGUGGAAAUGGACAGAGGAACGAGAUGCAGCGCCUCGAAAGCUUAUUUGAGAGUAAAUAGACCGAAUCUGGAAAUCGUGAUAGAGGCUCAGGUGACGAAGCUUUUGAUAGAUGAAAACAAACAAGCGAUCGGGGUUGAAUACAGAAAAAAGGGUCGGACGGAAAAGGUGUACGUGAAGAAAGAAGUCAUCCUAUCGGCGGGAUCAAUCGAUUCGGCUAAAUUGUUGAUGCUUUCGGGCAUAGGGCCACGGGACCAUCUCGAAGAGUUGGGAAUAAAGGUGAUGAAAGACGCCAAAGUGGGUUACAACCUGUACGAGCACCUCGGCUUUCUGGGACUCAAUUUUAAAGUCAAUGCACCCGUGACUUUAGUCUUUUCCCGAGCACUUGCCAAUCCCAAAACAUAUCGCGAUUAUGAACUCCAUCGAACUGGACAACUAACCGUUCCAGGAAUUGUCGAAUCGAUUGCGUUCGUUCGGACGAAAUAUGCCCAGGACGAGAGGCCUGAUCUUGAACUUCUGUUCAUCGGUGGCACCCUCGCUUCGGACAACGGACUUAGCCUCCAUGUGGGAUACGGAAUUUCAGAAGUAUCUUACAGCAAAGUGUUCAAGCCUCUGGAGAACAGAGACGCUUUCACGAUCUGGCCAAUCGUACAAAAGCCCCGCAGCCACGGCCGCGUCAAGUUGAAAUCGAAAGAUCCCUUCGCCGCCCCGAUCAUCAUGCCCAACUUCUUCGAGGAUCCAGCCGACGUAGAAGUCAUCCUCGAAGGCGUCAAACACGCUAUAAAUAUCACCAAGUCCGCUCACUUCCAAGCAUACGGCACUAGAAUUCACAAAGCUAAAGUUCCUGGAUGCGAGCAACACGAAUUCGGAUCCGACGACUACUGGCGAUGCGCCAUCAGACAUCUACCGGCUACGAUGGACCACGAAAUCGGCACGGCCAAAAUGGGUCCAGCCAGCGAUUCGGACGCCGUCGUCGAUCCACAAUUGAGAGUUCAUGGGAUCAAGCGUCUCAGGGUCGUCGAUGCUUCCAUCAUGCCUAAAAUUCCGGUGGGUCAUAUAAACGCUGGAAUUUAUAUGAUUGGCGAAAAAGCAGCUGAUAUGAUCAAGGAAGCUUGGUCAUAAGGGACAAAUCUCACCGUUACCGUCAUAUCCAUAAAAAUAAAAUAAAAUAAAGAAUUUCCAUGCGUGUG